CCGCAUCGAUAAUCUUUCAUCGUACACACUGCCGUGCAGUUGCAGCGUCAUUGUGAGAACUGUUUGAAUGAAGUUCGGUGUAGCUGCUAGCUGCUAGACAGAAACCUAUCGUAGCCAACUGCACCCGACAGCGAUUUCGCGCCCCGGUGACUGGAAUUUGAGAUUAUCAAUCAAAACUGCCUAUAAGAUGCCCGUGUUUACAGGUAAGUUAAUGAUAUAACGUAACCACUUACAAUGAUGAUCCCUUUUCUGAACUAUUUAUACACGUGUUUUAAUGAUCACUAUUGGAACGCAAGCUAGCAGGCUAACUAGCUAAAGUGUUAGCUAGCCAUCAUAGGCCGUAAAGUAAAUCGGUCACCAACUAGCGAGCUGCCCGACAGAAAUAACAGAUUCGGGAGUGUUCUAUCUGAUUUAAGAAAAUACGACAUGACAAACUAUCUAGCUUGUUAAGUAACCUAGAUACGUUUGGGUUUUGUUGACAUAAUAACUAGUUAACUAAUUUGUCUAACUAGCUAGCUACUUAGCUUUAUGUUAUGCUAACGGCACUAGUUAACUUCCUGCAGUCACGUCAACAUUUGACUAGCUAGCCUGCUAACUGUUAAGCUAGCUAGAAAAUGAACUCUUACACUGUACACAAAGAGCCUAGGUAUGAAAAUUAUGCUGCAACGUUACAGCUGGCCCAAAUAAACUUGCUAAGUAGCCAGUCUAACGUUAGCCAAUUUGUUACCGCUAUUUGUUAUUAUUUCGCUAACUUGCUAGCCAGGUAGCUAGUUAACUAACGUUAGUUAGCAUCGAUUUUAGCUAACUAACAAUAUUGAUGUUGUAAUUAAUGUUAAAAUAUGGUAGCUGAAAGGGUAACAUUAGCUAACUAUGUAAACAUCACUGUAAACAUUAUACGGUUUGCUCGCUUGCUAGCCUUCAUUCUCCCUCAAAUCUAGCUAGUUAGAUACCGUUAGCGUAUAAAGGUGACCUGUCUAUUUAGCAGGUGAUCAAGACUAACAACCAAAACAGUCGACUCUUAUUUCAAGCCUUCCUCUGCAACACAGGUUAUCACUGUAAAAUAUGAUUGUGCUGUGUCAUUCAUGACAAGACACGAGGCAUCAGAGAUGCCCUCCAUUCCCCUAUGGUUAGUAAUAACAGAUACUGGUGUCUGUGUUUAUGUUUCUCUUUUAUUUCCUCAGUGAAUGUGAAAUGGGGAAAAGAGAAGUUUGAUGCAAUAGAGCUGAACACAGAAGAACCUCCCAUGGUCUUCAAGGCUCAGCUCUUUGCCUUGACAGGGGUACAACCAGAGAGACAGAAGGUUAUGGUCAAGGGAGGCACACUCAAGGUAAAGUUGUCUCAUUUUAGUUAACCACAGAUGAUCAAUACAUAAUCUAUUUCCAAAGAUACUUAAUCAUUUGUAUGUCUUUUUUAGGACGAUGACUGGGGAAACAUAAAAUUGAAGAAUGUAAGUAUAGCCUAAGAGUUGUCAUGUUACUUCUUUCAAUAUUGUGGAAAGUAGACUGAUAUAUUGUCAAAUUUCAUUGUCAUUUAGUGGACCUGUUUUGGGGUAGUGUUACUUACAAUGUGAUCUAGCCUAAUGCUGCAGGGUGAUCUAUUUUCUUCUUCAUUGAUUACCAUCACCAGAUAUCCAAUGGUACACAAUGUGACAUGGGAUACUGUUCCUCCUCUCUCCACCCUCCCUCCCUCCAUCCCCCUCCCUCCAUCCCCCUCUAUCCUAGGGGAUGACUCUGUUGAUGAUGGGCUCAGCAGAGGCCCUGCCCGAGGAGCCUGCAGUCCGGCCCAUGUUUGUAGAGGAUAUGACUGAGGACCAGCUGGCCUCAGCUGUGAGUUAAUGUUUACUAGCUGGCUCUUAAUAGCAAUGUAUAGUCUGCUGUUUACUAGCUGGGUUCAAGGCCAGUGUCUAAUCUGCUGAUCUGGAACUGUAUGAUAAAUUCAGGCUUUGCCUCGCACAGUAGUGCUAUGAACGGAUACAGCUGUCUGUCAUUUCUACUACCCCUGAUGGAAAUUGAGAUCUUGUACAAUGUGUGACUUACUCGUUGGUUGUCUGUUUGUUUAAAGGGAAUGGAUGCUGGCUGGGUUUUCCAGCGCUGGCAGUCAUAGAGAAACUAACCCCAUUUUGCUUGUGUUGUCUGUGUAGAUGGAGAUGCCUUGCGGACUGACCAACCUGGGCAACACCUGCUAUAUGAACGCUACAGUGCAGUGUCUUCGCUCCGUGCCAGAGCUCAAAGGAGCCCUCAGAAGGUGGGCUCUUGAUUUUUGCAUUAAUGCCACUCUGUGAUGAUGCAAGCAACUUCUGUCAGAGAUCUAUCUAUAGUGAUGAUGCAAUAUGAUUCUUAUUAAUUUGGUAUCUAUAUACAGCUGACAAUUAUAUCACAUGUAUUGUUUGUCUUAGAAGACAAGGCUUUCAGGCUCUUCAACAUGAUAUAGUCUUGUCUCAUUUUGAUUGGUACCUUGCCAUGAGCAGGUGACUAGGGUGUGCCUUUAAGGUUAGACAAUACACUGUUUUUGUUCUUAGAAGUGGUGUUUUAUGGCUUUGAUCUUAUUAGCCCUCUGUGUCCCUCUACAGGUACGCAGGUGCUCUGAGGUCCUCAGGGGCCAACGCACCAUCCCAGCACAUCACAGCAGGUCAGUGCCUGGCAUUUCUGUCUGUAUCUGUUGUAUUUAUAUUGUGUCUUUGGUUCUCUGCUAGUGUAGACAUGGUAAUGGUAUGACUCACUAAGUCGGAGCCAUAGAGAUCCUAUUCAAGUAUUCUAAUUCCUAAUUCUAUGGUCAGAGCACAGUGCUGCCAAUACCAGCAUUGGUGUUGUAUACUAUGAACUGUAGGUGGCUUUGGGUAAAGGGUCAGCUAAAUGUCCAUGUUAUAACUGCUAAAUUACCAUUUGUAUUCCCAUCCUCAGCCCUCCGUGACCUCUACGAGACCAUGGACAAGACUUCCUCCAGCAUACCCCCAAUCAUCCUGCUGCAGUUCCUGCACAUGGCUUUCCCCCAGUUCGCUGAGAAGGGAGACCAGGGACAGUACCUUCAGCAGGUGAGACCAGGGCCCCUGGCUGGCACCAGUCACUCACUCAUCACCAGAAGAUGCUGCUUUGCUCAUACUGCUUGGUACUACUCAGUAACGCACAUCUAGACUGAACCACAUUGAUUGCUCAGUUUCAAGUAGCCCAAGAGGACAUUGAAUAAUUGUGUAUACAGAAUGUGGUCUGAAGAGUAGAAAUGGGCUUCAUUUGUUAAUGUCUGCCCCCCUCUAGGAUGCCAACGAGUGUUGGUUGCAGAUGAUGCGGGUUCUUCAGCAGAAGUUGGAGCCACAAGACCCAGAAGCUCCCAUGGAGGUAUGUGUAUAAACAAGUGUGUAAGCUGUCAAGUAGCUAUAGAUGUGGAUGUCUGUCCUAACUUUCCCUUUUUCUGUCUGUCAUAGACUGACAGUGAGAGUGGAGCUGCUGCUGUCGCUGCCAAGAAGAACUUCAUCGACCAGUAUUUUGGAGUGGAGUAUGAAACCACGUAUCCUUGCAGUCGGAACGCAGUGGCGCAGUGGUCUAAGGCACUGCAUCGCAGUGCUAGCUGUGCCACUAGAGAUCCUGGUUCGAAUCCAGGCUCUGUCGUAUCCGGCCGCGACCGGGAGACCCAUGGGGCGGCGCACAAUUGGCCCAGCGUCGUCCAGGGUAGGGGAGGGAAUGGCCGGCAGGGAUGUAGCUCAGUUGGUAGAGCAUGGCGUUUGCAACGCCAGGGUUGUGGGUUCGAUUCCCACGGGGGGCCAGUAUGAAUAAAAUAAAAAGUAAUGUACUCACUAACUGUAAGUCGCUCUGGAUAAGAGCGUCUGCUAAAUUACUAAAAUGUAAUGUAAAAAUGGAACGCCUGAUUAAUUGAAUUUGAGAUGAGCGUAUAAUCUAUUAGGGAAAGGAAAAUGGCUUCCGGGGUUUUUAUUGGAUGUGGCAGGGGGUGCGGCAACAUUUUAGAGGCCCCCAUCUUGGCGGAGUAGAGACAUUUUUCAAUUUCUAAGCCAAUUUCUUGCAAUUCUACAAAUUUCUCCAUGGAGCCGAGAUACAUUUUUGCAGUUUUAAAGCAAAUUUCCUGCAAUUCUAUGCAUUUUGCCAAUCCUGUGUUCUAACUAUACUGCUAAAUUCAUUGUUUUGGGAAUUUUCAAUUCUCCCUGACUGUCUAGCUUUAAUUUAGGUGAUUGUUAGUUCUCAAAGAUUAUAUUAUUUAAAAAAAUAUAAUAGGUCCAUUAUUGCUUUUCUAUAUAGUUUCUAUCUGGGUUUAGCCGUUUGGUUACACCUAAAUACUUUUUCCAUCCAGCGCGUUUACAUUUUUUGACACUGUUUGGACUAAGGCCACCCGAAAAAACCGCUUAGGCAACCCACCUAAGGAUUUCAAUGGCAGAAAAAUCCCUGGCUUCCAUGUUUGUAUAUUAUUUCAACACCUUUUGCUCUCUCCUCCCAAUAAUUAGUCUCCUAUUUCUCAGUUUCUUAAAGAUAUGCAUAACUAUGGAGACUGCUAAGUAUUUUUUAAACCUUCCACUUUGGGCUGGAUGUGUCGAUGAGCAGAAUUACUGUCUUACAUCAAUUAGUCACAAAAUUCCUAGUUUGAAAGCAACAGUUUUUCUGUAAGCUGUGCUGUGCCAUUUUCCCUACAUUUCCCCCCACUUGGGCUAGCAAUUUGAGUUCUAGCCAAUGAGCUUCAGCUCUUAGCCAUUUGAGUGACAGCUAGCAAGCUACACAUACAGCAGAGCGAGAGGUAGCAAUGAUGUGGUGCACAUAUGUGAUGUAGUACGCAAUUUUCGGGGACAACUUUUGGCGCUACUUUCAGAACUACUGGCUAAAAAGUAUACAAAAGUACCAGAGAAUCUCUUUAACCCCUGUCCUCAGUAUGAAAUGUACAGAGUCUGAGGAUGAGGAGCCAGCUAAAGGUAAAGAGAGCCAGCUUCAACUCAGCUGUUUCAUCAACCAGGAGGUCAAGUACCUGGCCACCGGCCUCAGGCUGGUGAGUAGUACCACAGCAACACACACAGGAACGUGCACAGGAACACACGGACACAUACAUACAAAUGCACAGAAACACACAGACCAAUACACACAUGUACAGGAACACAAAGGCGCACUCACCCACCAUGAUGUCUCGAAGGUGGUCUGUCACCAUGGCAACACUGAUCUAAUCCCAUCAUGUCCCUCUGUUUCUUUCUCUCUAGAGACUGCAGGAAGAAAUCACCAAGCUGUCUCCAUCUUUGCAAAGAAAUGCCCUGUACAUAAAAUCUGUACGUUUGUAGUUUGGGCUGGGCUCGUAAGAGUUUUAUAAACUAGUGAGAGCUUGUGAAAUGUGUUUUAUUGUUCUGUCGUUUUAGCUGGUUGGUUUGUUGGUUAAGGUGAUGUUCACUUUGUCUCCUUUCCUUGGUCUAGUCUAAAGUCAGCCGCCUCCCGGCCUACCUGACCAUUCAGAUGGUUCGCUUUUUCUACAAAGAGAAGGAGUCUGUCAAUGCCAAAGUCCUAAAGGUAGGUCUUCUGAUGUUUUAGGAAUGUCCUCCUAAUAGAUGGGAUUAUCAUCACAAUACUGUUGUAAAUGGAUGAAAGAAUAUUGUCCUGAUGCUUUUUUCCACCAUUGAUUUGAUUCUCCAGGAUGUCAAGUUCCCGCUGAUGCUGGAUGUGUAUGAGCUGUGUACCUCUGAGCUGCAGCAGAAGAUGGUGGCAGUCAGGUCAAAGUUUAAGGAGAUUGAGGACAAGAAGCUGGAGAAACAGUCACAGAAGGUACAAAUAUAUAUAAUUGAUUUGUGUACUGUCUCUACUGCAAUUCAGCUUUGAACUGGAAAAUGUAUACUCUACAAAAUAAACCCAAACCUCCAAGAAAUAUAUUUCAGUGUUGUCCCCCUGACCAAACAAAGCAACUCAGUGUGAAUGAACGUCUCAAAGAACAUGCGUGUAGUCCAUGUAGCUUACAUUUUCUCUUUGUGCAUCAAGCAGGUGGAGAAGGUGGGAGACAAACCGAAAGAAGUGAAAUAUGAGCCCUUUUCAUUCGACGACGGUUGGUUACUUUACAUCAUAUGGUUUGGUGGCCUACCUUUACAAACAAAGCAUCAGUCAGUUGUGUAAGGGAUAGGUUGUUUAACUUAAGGGAUAUGUUCCUAAGCAUUCUAAGCGAAUGUCUGUCUAUUCCCUGCAGACCUGGGCUCCAACAACAGCGGUUACUACGACCUGCAGGCAGUGCUGACACACCAGGGCCGAUCCAGCUCCUCCGGACACUAUGUCGGCUGGGUCAAGAGGAAAGAAGGUAACCUCCAUAGUAUUAAGAAAAUAGUCUCCACAGUGCAAUCAAUAUGAUGAAUAGAUACAUGUCAACCUGCUCCUUAAAGGGGUAGUUCACCUCAGUCAGUUCAACACAACGGAGGACAUGAGAUACCGACCCAGACCAAAACAGAAUUUUACCCUCAUGCUUCGCACUCUUAGUUGUUGUGGAAGUCGGCCUGAUUGUUGUUUACCUUGUAAUCAAACUACUAUAUUAAUUGAUUUUCGUGUUUUAUCAAGGUACAGAUGAAUGACUGUUUUCGAUACAUCCAUGUUUUGCCAUUACAGAUGAGUGGGUGAAGUUUGAUGACGACAAGGUGAGUGUGGUGUCUCCAGAGGAUAUACUGAGGCUGUCCGGUGGAGGAGACUGGCAUAUAGCCUACGUCCUACUGUACGGACCCCGACGACUGGAAAUACUUGAAGAAGAGAAACAGUAACCAACCUAAUGCAAAAAAAAAAAUUCUAACCAACCAAUGCCAUUUCCAAGCACUGUCUACUCUGCAUAGAUGUGCAAUAAAUUCUGGGUAUCUUUAAAAAUGGAUGACCUUUAAUUUUUUGUUUUUGUAACUUCUUGACACAUAUGUUUGU